AUGCUUGCCCUACGGCACAUUCGCAUCACCGUCUCCAACCCAGUUCCCCGUAAUCAUCGCACCAUCAUGGCGUCUAUAGCCACGCUUGAGAGGAUACCCGCUGCCAAGCUGCGUGACCUGCUGCUGGCGGAAAAGGCCGACGACCCAAAGGUGGCCGUUGUCGAUGUGCGCGACGAUGACUACAUCGGCGGUCAUAUCAAGGGCGCGCUCAACGUCCCCUCGCAGCAGCUCGACGCUAGGAUGCCCACCUUGGUGCGCCAGCUGCAAGACAAACCGACGGUGAUUUUCCACUGCGCGCUGUCGCAGCAGCGAGGGCCCGGCGCUGCUCUGCGGUACAUCCGGGAGCGUGACGAGGUCCUCAAGAAAGCAAAGGACAAGGAGGACGCCGCCGCAUCGUCAGAACCCGCUGCGUCACCGUUGGCCGAGCAAAAGGUUUACGUCCUCGACAGGGGAUUCGUCGGGUGGCAGGAGGCCUAUGGCGAGGACGAGAACCUGACCGAGGGCUAUCGGAAAGAGCUCUGGAAGGACGGCUACUGGGGUUGA